CAGAUUCAAUGGUUCUGGCGUGCUUUACGUUCAUUUGAUCAGGCCGAUCGUGCCAAAUUUUUGCAGUUUGUGACGGGAACUUCUAAAGUACCUCUACAAGGUUUUGGUGCACUUGAAGGUAUGAAUGGAGUUCAAAAGUUCCAAAUUCACAGAGAUGAUCGUUCAACUGAUCGUCUGCCUUCUGCACAUACGUGUUUCAACCAACUGGACCUUCCUGUAUAUGAAACUUACGACAAGUUACGAGCCUACUUAUUGAAGGCAAUUCACGAGUGCUCCGAAGGUUUCGGCUUUGCUUAAAAUAAUCCUUUAAUGUUUAAGACUGAUGUGUUAAUUUUUUGUUUAUAUCAAUAGUUAGUAGUUCUCUUGUAUAUAAAAAUAUACUCUAAAUGUUAAGUGUACAGACUACGACACUGUAAAAAAAAUUUAUUUUAAUUUUUUAUAAGCUGCAAACUUUAAGUUAACUGUGGGUUAGUGCUUGAGUUACUUAUGAAGUUUUUGUAAAUUAACUAAUAGGAAGGCACAUGUAUUUUUGUAAAGGGCCUUAAGGCAAUUCGAGUGUGAUAAUUUGAAUUUGAUAGUCAGAUUCAAAAUAUAUUUACUAUUAAUAAUUUUAUUUAUAAGUAUUGUUAUUGUAUUAAAAAUAGGUCAUUAAUCACUCUUUUCUUUUGUACAUCUGUUACA